GGCACCGUGCAACCCCACAGACGGGCUGCGAGUCCUAAGGAAACUACAGCAGGACAAAAGCACAGCAACCCGGCACGAGUUGAUGCAAGCAAAGAAACAAGAAAAAACUCCCUUGCUUUUGCAAACAACCUAGCUGCUGGGUUUCAUAAGGAGCCGGACUGACUUUCAGUGUUUCAUUUGGACUCCAGCUAGGAAGCUGCAGCCGCCACUGAGGACUGAAAAACCUGAAUGAACAGCAGCUUUCAUAUUAUGCAUCGUGCGAAGCAACAGCAAGGAAAGUAAGAGACGGGGGGUUCUGAGUCACAAGCUGGCUCCGGUGAAGAUGAGCAAGAUGAAGAUGUUUCUUCUGCUCUUGGUGUCCACUGCAAACGUCAGUGCCACGCUGGAAAAGGGUCUGCCGAGACGGGAACCACGGCGCCUCUCCUGCGUGCGAUGCUGUGGGCCUUCAGAGCAGCCCGUCUCCAUCAUCUCCUCGCGAUACACAAGGAUGAGCAGUGACCCUGCCUAUUCAGUACCUAAAGUCCAGCCCACUAUAGAUAUCACCAUCCUCAAAGGUGAGAAGGGUGAAAUGGGAGAGAAAGGAUACCCUGGAGCAGUUGGGAAGGAAGGAGAAAGAGGGCUGCGUGGCUUUAAUGGACGGAAGGGACAGAAAGGCCAGCCUGGCCCGCAAGGCCAUUCCUGCAAACAGCUGUACGCUGCGUUCUCGGUGGGUCGGAGAAAACCCCUUCAUAGCUCAGACUACUUCCAGCACGUCACUUUUGACACCGAGUUCGUGAAUCUCUACAAGCACUUCAACAUGUUCUCGGGGAAGUUCUUCUGCUAUGUGGCAGGAAUCUACUACUUCAGCCUCAAUGUCCACACCUGGAACUUCAAGGAGACCUACCUGCACUUGAUGAAGAACGAGAAGGAGGUGGCCAUCCUCUACGCCCAGCCCAGUGACCGGAGCAUCAUGCAGAGCCAGAGCCUGAUGCUGGACCUGCAGGAAGGAGAGGAGGUCUGGGUGAGGAUGUUCAAGCGGGAGCGAGAAAAUGCCAUCUAUAGUGAGGAGUCUGAUGUUUACAUCAUCUUCAAUGGCCAUUUAAUCAAGCCAGCCGUAGAGUAG